CAUUUCCUUAAUUGAAAAACAAAAAGGGCAAAAGAAUGAUAUAGUAAUAAUAUUUAGACAGCACUACAAAAAUAUUCAUGAUCCCUGCCAAGCCACACUAUCAGUAUUAGCAAACGAACAAACAUGAUGAAGGCUUUGAGAUUCUCCCUUCUUCAAUUUCUCCUUUCAGUAUAUUUCUUCUCAUUUUGCCCAGUGAAUUUGGCUAUGAAUAUUGAACAAGACCCAUUAAUCAAAACCAUGGAGGAUUUCUCUGGGUAUGCAAUUCAUGAACCACAACUCUCAGAGUCUCUGUCUUCUUCACUCUCAGUGGACACUCAAAAUCUGCAGAAGCAGAUUGAUGAGCUGUCAACUUUUUCGGAUACAUCUGCACCAUCAGUUACUAGGAUCUUGUACAGUGAGAAGGAUGUUAUGUCUCGAAGAUAUAUAAAAAAUAUAAUGGAAGCUUCAGGUCUUUCGGUAAGGGAGGAUGCUGUCGGAAACAUUUUUGGUCAGUGGAGUGGAUAUGAACCGGAGCUUUCUCCAGUGUCAACAGGAUCUCAUACAGAUGCAAUACCAUAUUCUGGAAAAUAUGAUGGGGUAGUUGGCGUUUUGGGUGCAAUAGAGGCCAUCAAUGUUCUCAAGCGGUCUGGCUUUAAACCUAAAAGGUCACUGGAGGUGAUUAUGUUCGCUUCAGAAGAGCCUACACGAUUUGGCAUCAGCUGUCUUGGAAGUCGGUUGUUGGCGGGAAGUGAGGAACUGGUACAACAACUAAAGAAGACAGUGGACAGUGAAAAUGUUGCCUUCUUUGAUGCUGCAAAAUCUGCAGGAUACAAAAACGCAGAGGAUUUAUCCUCCGUGUUUCUGAAGAAUGGAAGCUAUUCUGGCUUUGUAGAGUUGCACAUUGAGCAAGGUCCUAUCCUUGAAGAAGAAGGAAUAUCUAUUGGGGUUGUGACUGCUAUUGCUGCCCCUGCUAGCAUCAAAGUGGAAUUUGAGGGCAAUGGAGGCCACGCCGGGGCUGUCCUGAUGCCACAGAGGAAUGAUGCAGGACUGGCUGCUGCAGAGUUGGCUCUUGCUGUUGAGAAACAUGUUUUGGAGUCUGGAUCUGUUGAUACUGUAGGCACAGUUGGUAUUCUUGAGCUUCAUCCCGGGGCAAUCAACAGCAUUCCAAGCAAAUCACAUUUGGAAAUAGAUACACGUGACAUUGAUGAAGAGCGUAGGAAUUCUGUUGUUGAUAAAAUUUAUCAAUCAGCCCUAAGCAUAUCUAAAAGGCGUGGUGUUAAGUUGUCACAAUUUAAUAUUGUCAAUAAAGAUCCUCCUGCACUGUCUGAUGAAUUGAUCAUCAAGGCAGCAGAAUCUGCGAGUCGUGAGCUAAAUUUGACGUACAAGAAGAUGAUUAGUAGAGCAUAUCAUGAUUCGCUAUUUAUGGCCAGAAUUACACCGAUGGGCAUGAUAUUUAUUCCAUGUUAUAAAGGCUACAGUCACAAGCCCGAGGAAUAUUCAUCCAUUACUGAUAUUGCCAAUGGCGUAAAAGUCUUGGCAUUGACACUAGCCAAAUUGUCCAUCUCAUGAUGUCUUCAGUCUUCAGUAGUUUCAUCAGACAAACUAGUUUUUCUGGUUGCAAACUAAUCUAGGUACGUGUAACAUUGCUACUUGCUCAGGUGAUUGUAAGUGAGUACAAGAUGUUGUGCAUCAAAACUAUCUUAGUCCUUGUGUUUUAGUUGUUAUACACAUGCGGUUAACUUAGGUGUAAAAAUAACAGCACAAUCUUUCAGGGGACGAUGAAUUCGUCGUCAGUAAACCACUGGAUUUAUGUAAUUCCAAGAAAUGAUUUAAGUAGGGAAGAAUGAGAUAACUCUAUCUUGUCUGGGAGAUCACUACUCUUGAUUUCCUCAAACAACAUUAAGUAAUACAGCAGAGGUUCAAAUUCACUAAUCUACCAAACUAGUUCCUACAAUGCUAUAAUUAACCUACUCUAUAAAGGCAAAGUUGAUUUUUUUUUUUUUCCCCUUACAUGUUCAUUUUGAUCUAUUUCGAAUUUCCGCUCAACAUUUGAUUGGUUGCUGCUGUAUUCUUGGUCUUCUCCAGUAUGAUCUCUAUCUGUCAGACAAAACAAUGCAUGUCAGUAUGAGAUGUAGAAUGGUCAGAUUUAAUCGGAGAAACUAAAGAGUGUUGUAUCAGUAAAUCUAACCCUAGCCUUUCUUACAAAGCGUC